AUGACAGGCCCUCAUAGGCCACAGGGUCCUGGGCCCCCCGGGGACACACUCCCCUCUCCAGCCUCGGAGACACAGGCCCAGGACUCAGAGCCAACUGCCAAGAGGGCUGGCCCACCUCCUAGGAGGGGCCGCAGGGCUCGCAGAAACAGAGCUAGAGGCAACAGGUGGGUCCCCAGGGGCCAGAGCACCGAGGGACAGGAGCAGCCGCCCACAUCUGCCAGGUGGGAGUCUGACGCCUCCUCCGAGGGCAGCCUGGGCAUCGUGCUCGAGGAGCUGGACCAGGACGACCUGAGCACGGACCAGGCUCAGAGCGCGCUGUCCGCCACACUGCACCAGGCUGAGAGGGAGCUCAGCACGAAGGAGUGGGCCCUGCAGGGCCGCGCCAACACGGGAGAGGGGCCCCGCGAGUUAUUGGCCCUGGUGACGGUGACCGACGAGGCCAACCAGGAGCCGACGGAGAAAGAGGCCUCGGAGCCCCAGGCCGUCAGCCUGGACAGCAACGGUGGCAGCGGCGAUGCCCGGAGCCGCGUCCCCAACUUAGUGGCCCUGCUUGCUGUGCGAGACGCGGGAGACGAGGAUCCAGUCGACCGCGACGCUCCCGAAGGCGAGUCGCAGCCGAACGGGGCUCCGGGAGACGAGGCGCUGGACCACCCCGAGUUUGUGGCCAUUGUGGCCUCUACGGACCCGUCGGACCCCUCGGCCCGCGAGGAGCUGCUGAAGAUCGCUUCCGUGAUCGCGUCCCUGGGCUGGAGUCCCCGCACAGACCCGACCGAUGCCCUGGGCGAGGUCCUGUCCGUCCUGUGCCAGGACACUGGGGGAGCCCGCGUGCAGGUGCAGGAGGCCGGCCGCCGGGUGGACGGCCUGGUGCUGCGGAAGGCCACGGGCGGCGGGAGCCUGCGGGAGUGCGUGUGCGCCCUGGCGGCGCCCGACCCCCAGUCCCCGGGCAGGGGGGCGCCGCGUGGCCUCCUGGCGUGCUGGGACGACGGCGAGGGGGGCCUCCUGGAGCUCGUGGCGCUGCUGGCCGCGCGGGACACGGCGGGGGUGACGCGGGAGGCCGGGGACAGCGGCCGGGAGGGCGGGCGGGGCGGGCGCGCCGGAGGCCAGCUGGGCGAGGUGCUGGCGCUGCUGGCUGCCGGGGAGGGCGCGGCGGCGGAGGCGGCGGAGAGCGGGGAGUCGGGACCCGAGCGCCUGGCGUCCGGGAAGGCGCGGACCACGCGGGCGCGCACGGCCUCCGGGACCCUGGGCGAGAUGGCGGCGGCCCCCGGCCCGUCGGGCUCCCGCAGACGCCGAGGGGCAGGCGGAGGCCGCGGCGGGCGGGCGAUCACUCCCGAGACGCUCGCGGGGGACCGCGCGGCGGCGCAAGGGAAAAAGAAAGGGCGCGCGGGCGCGGAGGCCCAGGUGCAGGCCGGCGAGGCCAGGGCUCAGCCGCCCCCCGGCUCCGAGUCAGCCCGCGGGAGGAAGGCUCGUCGCGGCGGGAGGCAGCCCCCCAAGUGCCGCUAG